AUGGCCAGCAGCACCGGAAGCUAUCUCGACAUGCCUUUCCUACAGACCGGCCGACAUUCAUCCAGCCUGCAGUAUCUGGGCGGCGGCGAGCUGCCUCUGGCUGCCGAAGACUCGCCGCCGCACCACCACGCCGAGACCUACGGCGAUCCCCAACGGCAGCUGACGCUUCGGCAAGCGCCAAUGCAUGCUCGAGUGGCGAUAGGAAAAGAAAAAGACCGCAAGCCGAUUGACCCUCCUCCCAUCGUGCAGCUGCUGGACAAGCGAAACAAUGGUAAAAGCGGCCUCUACGACAGCCCCUACCUCUUCAUGACCUCAUCGCUGGUAUCGGAAAACUAUGGCGAGUCGUCCGAAAAGGACCAGGAGCUCCCUUCAAACUACCUCGUCGGCUCCUUGGUCUCCUCUAUCCAUCGCCUCAGGGACACGGACAAUGUCGAGGGCGGCUUCUUCGUCUUCGGCGACCUCUCCGUCAAGCGCGAGGGUCGGUUCCGCCUUCGCUUUACACUUUACGAGCGCGACCAGAGCAGCUCCUCGCCCAGCUUCUACUUUGUCUCGGAGCUCGUCACUAACGUCUUCACCGUCUUCUCCACUAAGCUGUUCCCCGGCAUGGCCGACUCGACGCAGCUGACGCGCACUUUUAGCAACCAGGGCGUCAAGGUUCGGCUUCGGAAAGACUCGAGCGGCAUGGCUGCCCGGAAGCGAAACAGGGGUGUCGCCGACGUGACUGAUGAAUUCCUCGACCGGCAGACGAAGCGAUCAUCGUACGAUCGGGAACUGCCGCUGAAUAAUUAUGCCGUCUCUGACCUUGGGCACAUGGAUCCUCUGCACGGAGUCGUCACCACGGCCCCGCCAACCAGCUUUCUCGUGGCUGCCGACGCCAUGUCUUCGUCGUCGUCAUCGACGCCAUCGAGGAGUGCUGGCCUCGGCAUGCCGCUGUCGACGAGCGGUUAUUACUUUACCGGAGCCCAGUACUACUAG